UUGUCGUACGGCUCCAGCUCUCCGGCUCUGUCUAACCGACAGCGUUUCCCCACCUUCUUCCGCACCCACCCCUCUGCCACGCUGCACAACCCCACCCGGGUGCAGCUCUUCCAGAAGUGGAAAUGGACCAAGAUCGCCACCAUUCAGCAAACCACAGAAGUCUUUACAUCAACUCUGGACGACCUGGAGGAGAGGGUGAAGGAGGCCGGGAUAGAAAUCAGCGUUCGUCAGAGCUUCCUCUCCGAUCCUGCUGUGGCUGUCAAAAACCUCAAGCGCCAAGAUGCCAGGAUUAUUGUCGGCCUGUUCUAUGAGACGGAGGCCAGGAAAGUCUUCUGUGAGGUGUACAAGGAGAAGCUGUAUGGGAAGAAGUACGUGUGGUUCCUCAUCGGCUGGUACGCAGACAACUGGUUUAAGAUCAAGGACCCGUCCAUCAACUGCACUGUGGAGCAGAUGACGGAGGCUGUGGAGGGCCAUGUGACCACGGAGAUCGUCAUGCUCAACCCGGAGACGGUGCGCGGAGCCUCUAACCUGACCUCUCAGGAGUUUAUAGCCCAGCUGAUGUCCAAACUGGGGGGUAAAAACCCAGAGGAGACGGGGGGCUUCCAGGAGGCCCCCCUGGCCUACGAUGCUGUGUGGGCAUUAGCUCUGGCCCUCAACAAGACCGUGGGACCCCUGAAGGCCAAGGGUCACCGACUGGAAGACUUCAACUACAACAACCGAGACAUCACGGCUGAGAUCUACAGAGCCAUGAACACCAGCUCCUUCGAAGGAGUGUCAGGUCAUGUUGUAUUUGACGCUCAGGGGUCUCGAAUGGCCUGGACUCUGAUUGAACAGCUUCAAGGAGGGAGCUAUAAGAAGAUUGGAUACUACGACAGCACCAAAGGCAAUCUGUCGUGGUAUGGGAAUGACAAGUGGAUAGGCCCCGGCCCCCCUGCAGACCAAACAGUGGUCAUCGAGGAGUUCCGCUACCUGUCCCAGAACAUCUUCGUGUCUGUGUCGGUCUUCGCUGGGUUGGGAAUCCUGCUGGGAAUCGUCUGCCUCACCUUUAACAUCUACAACAGCAAUGUCAGGUACAUCCAGAACUCCCAGCCCUACCUGAACAACAUGACUGCAGUGGGCUGUAUGAUGGCUCUGGCCGCGGUCUUCCCUCUGGGCCUGGACGGCCUGCACGUCAGCGCGAGACACUUCCCCGCCGUCUGCCAGUUCCGCCUCUGGCUGCUGGGUCUGGGUUUCAGCCUGGCUUAUGGCAGCAUGUUCACCAAGAUCUGGUGGGUCCACACCGUCUUCACCAAGAAGGAGGAGAAGAAGGACAAGAGGAAGCACCUGGAGCCGUGGAAACUCUACGCCACAGUCGGCGUGCUGCUGGCCAUCGACAUCUUACUGCUCAUGCUCUGGCAGAUUGUUGACCCUCUACAUAUCACAGUGGAGAAAUUCACCAGAGAAGCCCCCAAAGGAGACCUGGACGUCCUGAUCCAGCCUCUCCUGGAGCACUGCAGCUCUGAGAAGAUGAACACCUGGCUGGGUGUGGUGUACGGAUACAAAGGCCUGCUGCUGCUGCUUGGCAUCUUCCUGGCCUACGAGACCAAGUCCAUCUCCACGGAGAAGAUCAACGACCACCGGGCGGUGGGCAUGGCCAUCUACAAUGUUGCUGUGCUGUGUAUGAUCACAGCUCCAGUCACCAUGAUCCUGUCCUCUCAGCAGGACGCCUCCUUCGCCUUUGCCUCCUUGGCCAUCGUGUUCUCGGUCUACAUCACCCUGGUGGUCCUGUUUGUCCCCAAGAUGCGGCGUCUGAUCACGCGGGGGGAGUGGCAGUCAGACGGUCAGGAGACCAUUAAGACCGGCUCGUCCACCAACAACAAUGACGAGGAGAAGUCCAGACAGCUGGAGAGAGAGAACAAGGAGCUCCAGAAGAUCAUCCAGGAGAAAGAAGAGCGUGUCUCUGAGCUGAGGAACCAGCUGACUGAGCGACAGGCCCUGCGCUCCAGGAGAAGAGCUUCCUCUGUCACCUAUCAGAACCACAGCUCUCCGGCCCUCGCCAUUCACCAGAGCGACCCAAGGUCCUUAGCCCCUCCUCCAGGGUACCCCAUCCCCAUCUCUGACCUCCAUCCCAUCCCUUCGUCCUUCGGAAACUCGUCCAGCCUCUACCAGCCAGACAGCAAAAUCACCCGAAAUAACUGCCACGCCAGCCAGCUGCAGCUGCUGUACAAGUGAGGGGGGGAAGGGACAUUGGAGGGAUGAGGACAGUAAGGACAUUCAUAGUUACAUGGAGAUAGAUAAAAUGGUGCACGAAGAACAGAUACAAAAAAAUCUGUAUAUCUGUUGGAGGGGCUGAAUCCAUUCCACCAAUCAGCCGAGGCCGGAGGAUCACCAGUUUUCGUGAUCAAUAUUAAAAAAGUAUAUAUAUCAUAAAACAAAAUGUACAUACCGUCUUUUGAAUCUUAUCUGCCAGUGAUGUUUAAUGUGCCAUCUAGAGUUUAAGAAAAACUUGAAAUUAAACUUUGUGAAGCCCUGAACCCCUUGGCUAUACUAACUGUCAAACUUUCCAUUGAUACACUGCACAUGAAGAAGUUUACAAUGAUGGCAGAUUUAACGAUCUGAAUUUCGGUCAUCAUUUAAACAAAAUUAUUACAUUAAUGAAUACGAAAGCAUCUUGGCAUUUGUGGCAGCUGUUGAUUAUGUUGGCUGAAAUCCCAACUGUAAAAUGGAUUUACUUUAUUUUGAUGCUAAUCAGAUCCAUUAAUCUGUUGGAAUUGAAAAGUGACUCUUAAAAUGAGAACCCUUUGGUAUUGACAUGAUGGAUGCAUGCAUGAUAUUGAAUUUAGUCUGAGACUAAAUCUACAUAUUCCUGGGAAAUUGUGAGUUGAUGAAAAACACAUGGUAAUGAAGAGCAGAAUUGUUCUUGAUCUCCAAGUUAGCUAGUUAGCCAGGUCUGUAAGAGUGUGAUAAUGAAAAGUUAACAUCAUUAUUUUAGAUUAUUUUAAUAUAUUGUUCAUAUUUUUGAAAAAUUAUGUUUUACUUUUACAAAUAAAAAGGCUUUGAGGAUGAAAACAACCACUGACUUUGACAAAGUAAGAUUGAGAAUAAACCUGAAGUGUAAACCUCCUCAAAUCCAGUGAAGAGCACAUGGUAGCUGCUAAGAUUAGCAUAAACUCUCAUAGUUGCAUCUAGGCCUAGCUCUUACAAACAGGAAGUCCUUGGACAGAACAGGACUUUUAAUGUAAGUUUUUAAGCCUCAAAACAAUGAUGUUAACAAAUAACUCUUGGCCUUGGACGUUAUGCUAGGUUACAUCUGAAUGCAGUAAGCUAGUUAGCCAAACCUUGCACUUUGCAAACAUGCUAGCUCUUAUAUGUUACUUACAGUGUCGUUAGUAUUGCCAUAUGUACAGUUUGUUUCUUGUUACUGUUUUGUAUAGGGUGUUUUUUGUUACUUUUAUGUACAGUUCAUUCCUCCCAUGUUUUUCUUUGUUUUUAUUAUGAAUCAGAUUUACUCUCUGUGAACGAUAAACCUUAUUGUUACGAUUCAUGCUACAUAAACAUGUGUUUAUUGGGCUGUAUUAAAGGGAUUGAAGUGUGAAGGGUUUUGAAUUGGUGUUUUAUGAGGUACUUAUCCAAAGUCAGUGUAUACAGUAGAUGGCCGCACCCCAGAAGCAGACAGGGGUACUGGGACAGCAGCAAAGCAAAGCACCCUACUGCUGUGGGCGGGGGCAUACAGCCUCAUUUUAAAAUGGCCUACCUUAAAACAAUAUUACUAUGACCUUGCCAUGAGAAAAACCUUUUUCAAACUCAAUGGGCAAAAAAGCUUAAUUUGUUUUACUGUGUGCUGUCUGCAAGGUAUAGGGUUAAAACUAUUCUGAAUAUAAAUGUUGCCUAAACUGAUAUGGAUAUUUUUUGUGUGGGCCCUAACUAUUUAGUUCACUAAUGCCCCCUACCACAGCAGUAGCUUGGUUAGCUGCUGUGCCCACAUCUGGUUUAUCCAAACUACCCUCUGCUCUAGGUGACACACUGUCUAUGGAUAAGUACCUCAUACAACAACACUUCACAUCCAAACUAUUCCUUUAAAAUAGAUAUUUAAGAACCAAGUGUUUAGGAGGGUUGUGUCUUUAAACCCUUAUUCCAAAAACAAACAAGCUGAGCAAUUGAAUACACAGUGCGUGUGUGUAGUUUUAGCCUCAGACUUUUAACAUAGUGCAUGCAUGUUGAAGAUCCCUUUAAACAUUGCUCUUAUUUAAAAAGGGUUAGCUAGAAAAUUGUCAUCAGUGUUUUAGUGGUUGUUAGCUGAAUAUGGCUGACACAAUCUGCAAGCGUCAGUUUUCUUUCAGUUGACAAGAUAGAUGGCCCUGACUAGAAAUGAGAGCAAUUGGGGCAAAGCAGUGUUCAUAGCUGUACCUUACAAUAUUGCCUCCAUAUGUGUUGGAUAGUGCUAUGUACUGUAUUAAGAGGUUGUGAAAAAGGGCAGACUCCAAGAUGAAACGUUCUGAUGUUUCGUAACAGUGGUUGUAUCCAAAACAUAAUAUAUUUUUGGUCAUUUUAGCUCUUUUUGUUAAAUGUUUGAUGUAGGUUUUUUUAGAUUGUUAAUAGUCUCUGUUCAAAGAGACUUGUGAUUCAUUGUACAUACUUGUGUGUUUUCAUGCUUAACCCCUCACUGUGGAUGAACUGAAUCCUGUUGAUUCAGAGCUCAGAAGAAAAGUAUGCUGUCAUCUGUCAGAUAUUUAUUUAUUGCAAAAAGAGUGACUGCCACUCUCGAAAGUUGAAGGAGCAUUACAUGAGGCUAAAACAUUUGUUUCUCUCCAAGAGCUUAAUUGUUUUCUUUUUUAAAUGAAUGCAAGUUUUGAUAUUUGAAUAGUUUGCUAUAUUUAUCCAACAGAUAUGGGUUGAACAGAAGGUUCAAGAUCAGAUCUUUUAGGGACUGAGGCAUAGUAUUGGGACUGAGGCAUAGUUUUAACCAAUAGUUUGAAAACGAGAGCGUACGUUUUAAAUAUCAUCAGCAUAAAGGAGUACAUUUGAUUGUUCAACUUCUUUAUUGGUGAUUCUAUCCCACUUGAACGUAAGAUUGCCAAAUUCAGCAUUUCUGUUUGUGUUCACUCUUCUGCUUUUUUGGUCUCACUUCCACAAACAGAUUUUUGUGGGGAUUUGUGGACAAAGAGAAAGACUCCCUGACAAAGUUUCCAUGAUAGGUUUUCAUUCCAGAAAGUAAAAGUACAGCACAUGCUGACUGCCUCAUAAUAACUUAACGCAACAACACACAAAACAAUGAUGAACAUAAAUAAACAUAAGGACAAAAUAUGUUUAUUUAUGCCUUCCAAAACUGUAACAAGCACUAUUUUAACAAAGAUCGAUAAAGAGAUCAUAGGGGCGUUUUCUGAUAAGCCACCUCUGGGUAAGGUUUGCUUAUAUUCAGGAUCCGGCUAGGGAUUGGUAAAAAUGAUGGUCAUCAUUUCAAUAAACUGUCAGUAGUCAAAGCUGCACCACCUUAGUGACAUUUUCAACAUCAUCUUCGGUGAAUAGACUUAGCUAUGGUUGUCAUAAAAAAGACAACUUUGCCAAACUUCUGUUUCAAAGUUCAGGAAUGAACUAUCAUGCUCAAUUUUGAGAGACAGUAUUGGUAGCAUAAUGACUCAUUGCGGGUUCGGUGUUAUGUUAUCCCUGCCUCUCUUUGUAACAGAUCGUUAUUUUAUUGAGGGUCCGGCUUUGGCUUUUAUGUUCAUUACCUUUUUCACCGUCUUAACCUCUCAUGUCAAAUAUGUUGUGCGAUUUUUGCCUGAGGUAUAGAGUUUGUCUUGCCUUCCAUUUGGGUCUCUUGUUCUCUCGGUGUGAUAGCAUAGCUUGCUUUAUAGCGUGGGUUGUUGUAAGCACUUCUGAACUGACUAAUAACUACAGUAUUAGGCGCAGAUGUAUGAACCGGUACAUCCUUUCAAAGUGUAAAUAUCUACUGUGUGUGUGUGUCUGUAACAACGUAUUUUUACUGUUUGUAAAGCAGUGAAGAUGUAAGUGAUGUUGGUAACACAUGACAAUAUGCACACUGACUGUAAAUAAUGACAUUGUAAAUAAUAAUGAAGUUUGACUUGAGCAAAUACAAACUGUACAGUUGAUGUGGUACAGUACUCAAAAUAUAUUUCUAUAUGCUGUAA